CUAAAUUAUCUUUACGCUUAUGUUUAUAAAUCAAAGUCCCUAUAGGAAUAUCCCUCAUCAGAACAUACCAACAACUACGAUAUACGUUGAUCCUAACAAAUACUAAUAGCCGAUUAUUCAAUAACCAAUUAGAUAUCAAUAAUCUCCAAGCACUGAUUAUGGUUAUAGAGAUUCUCAACUUUAACAUCAAUUCUAAGACUUAGCUAAAAAAUAUGUAAGUAUCUAUAUGUGAUUUAUCAUUUAGUAAGAUUUAUAGAAUGAAAAUAAUCAAUUAUUGAGAUAACUCUCAGAUAGGCCGUAAAUUGGUUAGACAGAACUUUUGAAUUAAAAACUGGUAUUUCUAUAUUGAUAUAUACAAAAGUAAUACUUUGCUAUUGAAAAUGAAAAACUUAGAUAGCAGUUAACAUAUACUUAUGAAUUGUAAGAGAAGUUAACACUUGUUACUAAUUAAUUAGAGAAAGUAAAUGAAGCUUUAAUGUUAUCAAAUUAAGAGAACUAACAAUUAUAUCAAUAAAUCGCUGAAUAUAAAAAUUAAUAAACUUAUGUCUAUCAAUUAAACUCAACUAUUCAAACAUAAGAAAUUUAAUUAUAAUAGAAGUAAGAGUAAUUAAGAAACUUACAAUAAGAAAUAGAUUAUUAUCACUAAUUAUUUUAAUAGAAAGCCCAAGAGAUAUAAUAAGCACAAUUAGAAAUUAAUAGAGUGAUUGGAUAAAACCAAGUCUUAUAAUAAGAAUUAGAAGUUCAGAAAAGAAACAGUUUGAAAUUUAAAUAAGAAAUUGUUUCAUUAUAAGUUGAAUAAAACAAUUUUCUUUAAUUAAGACAUGAGAAUAUGUAAUUGAAUGAAAAAAAUUAAGAAUUGUUAAGGAAUUUUGAACAUUAGAAGGCUUUAAAUCAAAAUCUUAUUAUGGAAUUAAAUAAAUAAUAAUAAAUGGACUCAUAUAUAGAUUAAUUAAUAGAAUAAUUAAAUGAAUAAAGAUGUAAAUUAGAAUUUGCAAGUAGUAAGAUAUAAGAUUAAACAAAUAAAAUGAAUGAAUUAGAAUUUCUUGCAAAUGAGAAAGCAUAAUUAGAAGUUUAAUUUAAUCAUUUAAAAUAAAACUAUAACAUAAUGGAAAAUGAUUACAAUAAAUUAAAUGAAUUAUUAAAAUAGAAAUAAAUUGAAUUAGAAGUUAAUAAGAAUACAAAUAUGUAAUACAGUUAGAGACUUUAAUAAAAUUAAAUUAAUAAUGUAUUAAUUAAUGAAUUGAAAUUAGAAAUAGAAUAAUGGAAAUCUAAAUAAAGUAGAAUGGAAUAGGUAUUUAAUGAUAGCAAAAAGGAAGAUCAAUUUAAGUAUAAAUGUUUAUAAGAACAAAAUGUUUAAUUAAAUUAAAUAAUAGCUGAAUUAUCGGAGAAACUAUAAUAAAAAGAAAAUGAAUUUCAGUAAUAAAAUAGAAUGAUGUAGGAUACUUAGAAAAGAUUGAGGGAAAAGGAAUAAAUAAUGAAUUAUCAAUAGAGUAAACCAAAUGUAGAUUUAGAAGAAGUGUAAGCUUUGAAGAAUCGUAUAAAGCUUUUAGAAUUGAAUGAUGAAAAGAAUAGUAGUCUUUAAAAAGAAAUAUAAAGAUUAAAUGCAUAAACCGCAUCUUUAAGAUAGGAAUUAGCUACUUAUAAAAAUAAACAUCAUGAUUAUUAAUUCAUAGAUGAACAAUAUCAAAAAUCAAAUAAAUAGAUACAGGAAUUAAAAAGUCAUAUUGUAACAUUAUAAAAAUGA